CACAGGCUAGGGCAAAUUGACUAUAUACUUCAACAGCUAUGAAACAGCAAGCUGGGAAAUUCUACGUCUACACAGUGCCUCUUCUCCUGUUCUCCUUGUGGAUGGUUGUCUUCAUUUGUGCAGAAGAUGCAGCAAAAGAGAAUGCAACCAUCACCCUCAACUCUCCUGCUACGGCACCCACCGCGGUGCUGCCCCUAGUGGUGACCACCCCUGAGCCGUGGCAUCCAUUUGUGGCUCAGAUUCCAGCCAAGGAGAAAGCCAAAGAGGGCGAAACUGUGGCCCUGAAUUGCCAAUUUCACAGUCCCUGGGGCCCAUCCCUGAGCAAGCUGACAGUGAAGUGGUACAAAGUGGAUGAAAAGGGGCAGAGGGACCUACUGGAGAACAAUGUGACUGUCUUGACAAACUACUCCAGGGUUUUCAUACAUGGGAACUUAUCCCAAGGAGAUGCCUCCCUGACUAUCCUCAAUGUGACAGCCAGCGAUCACGGCAUUUAUUUCUGCCAGGUGACACUGUCCAGUGGGAAGGUUGUGAUGGGGAGUGGUACAAAGCUCAGGAUCAGAAGAGCACUGGGGUUGUUUGGCAUAGAAGAAUCCAUUGAAACAAUCAUCGGGGUUGUAGCAGUCGGUAUAGGAGGUUUGGUGGUUCUGAUUAUAGUUCUAACUCCUCGGUUGAGGAAGUGUCUCCUGUGCAUAAAACAAGCACCUCACCAAGCAUAACUUGAGCGGCAUGGUUACAGAAAAUACCAGAAGACUAAAUAGUUUCUUCCAUGUGUGUCGUAACUUGUCACAUUCUGUGAACCAAAAGGGGCAGUUUUUUGAGCUAUCCAUGUGUGCUGUCUA